AUGAACAACAUUUGGUCAGAAUUGGAGCCCAAAAAAUAUCAAUUUACUUACUCUGAGAUCACAAGUAUUACCAACAACUUUGAGAAAGUCAUUGGAAAAGAAGGUUUUGGACCUGUUUAUUAUGGCUAUGUAAACGACACUCAAGUAGCUAUCAAGAUCCUCUCUGAUGCAUCAGAACAAGGGUAUAAUGAGUUUCAAUCUGAGGUAUUACUUCUAAUGAGAGUCCAUCAUAGAAACUUGACCACUCUCAUUGGAUAUUGCAUUGAAGAUGAUUGCAUGGGACUUAUCUACGAGUACAUGGCUAAUGGAAACUUAAAACAACAUCUCUCAGCACCACCGAGAGACUCGGUUUUCUCCUCCAUCAACGACCAAGCCACCAACAGCACAACUCCACAGUCACCACGACUCCGGCAUCCGUUCGACGAGAGCCACUACCCACCACCCCUUGGCCUUUCCACUUUGAUGAGAACCAUCGUGCAUGCAGCCAUAUGGUUUGACGGAGAACUUCUCGUCACUCGGUAUCGGCUUGAAUUCGUGGUAGGCCCUGGAGCUUUGGAGACUGAACCAGAGCAUCGGGCAACAAAGCAUCAUCUUACCUCUGCAAUUGGUUGGAAGAUUUAUUCGACGUCUUUGCUAUGUUGA